GGGUGAUGUUCCAGUUUCUUUUUUUUGCCACAGCUACGGGUGAGUGGGAUUCUGCAGCCGUAGGCGAGGCACUCACAGUUUUCUGCCGAUCUGCGUGGUGUAGUGCGUAGCGUUGUAAUUCACUCAAGUAUAAAGAUAGACGGAAAGCAAGUCCACGUGCCGGACAUUGUACCUCCACCACCCCACGGGACUCUCCUUGAUCCGUUUCAGGUCUUUCUAUUCACGAACAAGCAAAAGAGCUGACAGACUAGUGUGAGUAGUUCGCCUCGCCUGUUCUUGCAUUCGUUUGUAAUUUUUGCAGCAGAGCACAGGACCGGACGCCGGAAGCAGGAGAAGAAGUAUUAGUACGAGACUGAUAAAACACAUAGGAGGAAGCCACGACCUUCAUUUAUUGGAGGAUUGUGCCAGACGAGAAACAAGCACACAAGAUUAAGACCAAAAGAUUGUCCAAGGCCGAGACACAAUCAUGCCUCCGAGCAAAGGGUUGGAAGUUGUGGCGGACCAAGACACAGGCUCGGACUCGGAGUCCAUGCCCGAUCUUGGUGCCACGGUGUUGCCACACUUGACCUUCACUGAUGUGCUGUUUCGUAAAAUUUUCACCUGGGGCCGGCUCGCGUGCGUUGUAGGGCUCAUCCUGGGACUUACCCUCUGCGAUGAACAGCCGGUGGUCGAGAAAUCGCUGAAGUUUGUUAAUGUGGCGGCUUACGAGACGCGAAUUUGUCGCGACGAACUUGAGAAGGAUGACGACGCUGGGUACUAUGUGGCGAAGGUGAACGCGCGACUGAAGAAGUUCGAAAAUAACGACCUGCCUGACUUGUCCAAAACCGAAUUGGUGGCGGAAUGUAAUCGGUUGGCGCAGGCAGUGCGCAGUACGGCCACACCAGCCGCACAGAAGAAGGAGGACGAGCAGAAAUUGAAAAACGUUUUCGGUCCGCAGGACAACGAUUUUGUGUGGGUGUUUGCGAUGAUUGCGCUUCUGAUCGUCCUUUCCGUAGAGGGCAAACCCUCGGACGCCCUUCUGAUUUUUCUGGGACUGGCGUUCCGCGAGCUGGGCAUCAUCACGUCCGAGGAUAUCUUCCGUGGCCUGGGCAAGCAGGCCCCGAUUCUGUUUGGAUCGCUCUUCGUGAUCUCGGCAGCUUUCAACGAAACUCGUGUCCUGGAGAGGCUGCUGUCGCCGAUUGUUGGUGCGCCCAAAACCUACUGGGGCAUGAUCCUGCGGCUGUUGGUGCCGGUGAUGCUGCUAUCUGGCGUCUGCGCCAACGGACCGGUGUGCAGCAUGGCGAUGCCGCUUGCCGUGGUGGCUGCGGACCAAGUGGGGUUUGACCCGAAGAAUUUCUUUCUGCCCCUUGCGUACGCAACCUCACUGGGCGGCCUACUCACCCUGAUUGGAUCGCCACCCAACCUCACAGUCCUUUCUUACUUGAAUGAAAGUCGGGACCGGAUUCAACAAUGCACCGAACUGAUGUACAAGAUCAAAGGAAAAGCCAUUCCGGAAACCGGCAUUCUCCUGGAUUCCGAUACCAUCGCGAACUCGUAUAUGCAGUUACAAAUACGCACUUAUUCUAUCGAGUCGUAGUCUUAACAUUCACGCCGAAAGAAAAUUUGCCGGAAACUCAACCUAGUUCGUUGGCUUCCUUGUGAUGAAAUCAUUCUUCUACUCAAACUCAGCCCUAUCAUUCAAGUUGCUUUUCUCCAAGCCCCCGAGUUAUAAAUCUGCGCAUGCCGGAGCUGCUUAGAUGAGCCGCGAUGAUGAAAAUAAUUAUAAACAAACAGAAGAACUUCUUCUCAGGCACUGCAAGUUUUCAAUUUUCGACCCUGGGUUUCUGGUUGUCGGCUUCGUGAAUUGUGUCGUGGGGGCCCUGUUUUUGUGGAUCUCGAUGGUGGUGCUGAGUAACAAGUACCCGAGCAAGCAGCAGUUGGCUGACCGGAAGGAAAAAGAGGAUGUGACGGACAAAGCGCGAACCGCACAAGAACACGAGGAAAAGGCUCCCCUGAUGCCUGUUGUGACAGCCAAGCCGUUAGCCGGGAACGCAAGCUCCGAAGCCGGCUACAUCUGCGAGUUUUUCGUCGAGCCUCAGUGUUCCACGCUUAUCGGAAAGUGCUUUUCUUCUACCCCACUCGGCACCACACCGGGCGUCAAGCUUUUGCAGAUCUGGAAGGAUCGAUCCGAGUAUUUUUGAUCAUACGAUAAACCAGCCACCCCCCGGCGAAGGCCGCCGGGGAGGGGGCUGUUCGGUGGAGGUGUUCCGGUGGGGAAGGUGGCGCCAGCAAUGAAUCGCUUUCGCUGCGCGCCGCUACACAACCAAAUAAAAAGACCCCGGCCCAGGUUUCGGCAUGGGUGGGCACCCUGGGGGGCGCGCCUCGAGGGCGUUGCCUGUAUUGCUAAUAGACGGCACGGGGGCGCGUCCUACACUUCCACCUGCUGCUGCAUGCCCGGCCUUGGUAGCUGCGCGCCGUGGGAAAAUGCGCACAGGGAACUAUUUCCGGGCGCCAACGUUCAAGACGCCACAAGGGCGACGCACCUGCUGCCAGCGCGCGCGGUCGCUGUGGGAAAGAAGUUGCGGCCACCCUAGGUGGCCGACCAGGUUAAGGCGUGCCGUGGCGCCGCGCCCCCUCUGGGGGACGCAGAGCGGCGCACGCACUUUGAACGGCCGCUCUGAUCUGAAAGCGAAAUAAAACAAUGCCAGCCGGUCGCUGCGCCCUAGCGAGCUUCUUUAGGGGGCGCCGCGCGCAGACAAGUGGGUAGGCGGUGCUCCUGGAGGUGGUCCGCGAGAGGGUCCGGGAGAGGGUCCGGGAGAGGUUCGGAGAGGGUCCCGGAGAGGGUCCGGGAGAGGGUCGGAGAGGUCCCGAGAGGGUCCGCGGAGAGGUAAAAUAGAGGUUCCCGGAGAGGGUCGUGGUAGAGGGUCACAUAGAGGGUCGCUCUAUACUACGCACCCUCUCUGACCCUCUCGACCCUCUCCCCCUACCCUCUAUUUAACCUCUGUCCACCCUCUACCUACCCUCUUCGGGCGUAUAGCGCCGCUAUACGGGCCGACAUACUACCCACCCUCUCCCUACCCUCUCCUUUACCUCUCGUUUUACCUCUCCCCGACCCUCUAUUUUUUUCCGACCCUCUACUUUACCUCUCCCAACCUCUAUUUUACCUCUACGCAACCUCUCCCCACCCUCUACCGGAACCUCUCCGGCCCCGUUUUCUUCCAUAUAUAAAUAUAAUAAUAUGUUAUUUGUUGCCUUUCACUACUUCCAAUCUUAAUAUGAACAUUAAAACUCGAGGGGCUUUAAUGCAGCUCGGGUUUGAGUUCACAGCGCAGUGAUGUUGACAGGGACCGCCCAGCCUUGACGCAAAACCAAUGCAACCUGCAUCGCUUUUUGGGUCUCACACGAGCCAGUCUCUGCUUCAGACUCGUUUAUUACACUUACAUGAAGAUCCACAGAGGCACAGACUGUGGUCGCAGUCGUGAAGCCCAAGCAGCAUGAGCGCUACUUUCGGCAAGAUGUUCCCAAAAGCAUGCAAUGGAAUGUCCUCCCGCCCCACAUGCAUCAUCCCCGGCCUGGGUAUAUGUUGUUUUGUAUGUGGGGCACAUGCGGGCACAGUCACAGGUCCAGUCCAGCCGUAGCCGCCUCUAUUGCAGCAGUGCACGUGGUCAUCAAGCAAUUGUAUUUGUAAUAUUGCAACAUUACUAGUUGCUGAGCAACCUCUCCUCCGACGCUCCAGGAGCCGGCCACGCCCCUAAGCCAAAGAAAAUAUGUAUAUGAGCAGAAAUGAACAAUUUGCUGCGUCAAAUCAAAGGUACCGCGACGCGACGAGUAUGACACUACGACAAGCCUGUGCUACCCAGUGCUGUUUCGUUAGACUUCAAAUUCAGCGCAAGAAUAUCUUGCCAUGCACGAAAACCGGACCUGAAGCGAACUUUUCUAUAUCGUAGCUUGUUCUCAUUGAAUUAAUCGGGUGUUUUGCAUGUUCCAUGCAAAUCCGAAACUAAAAGUGAAGCCUAAGGACGAGCAAAGUGGCGAACUACAAGCCGUGCAACGUGGCCGCAGUGGUUUCAGUUAUAUAUUUGGCAGUAGAACAAGUUAAAGUACAAAGAUUAGCUGCCCAUGUGCCUUGAGAUCAACUUUGGUUUGCUAGCGUUGUGAAUACUUAAUUGCUUAUUUACUUAUUUUUGAUCCGCAAGGGGACAAACAAAGCGCACCAGUGGCAGUAGGGGCGCCGUAUUUCACUCGAUAAGAACAAGCGAGACCACAGGCACUGAGAAGUUGACGCUGAGAAAUGUGGCUGACCAAGGGCAAGUGAACAUUUAUGCAGCGUCAGUGACCAAGCUUUUGCUUCUGUGGUGAUUAGAGCCCACAGGAAAGACAACCUUGUUGCGCGACUUUACGCAAGAAAAGUAUAUUACGUAAAAAUGCGCUGCACGUCUUAAUAUUUUGCGAAUGCGAUGUAAAAUGCCAAGCGGGAUUACUAUGAGGCAACUGCAACCGUGAAGCAGGGUUGGAACUUUUCGUCCCCGGGCUGGCAGCACCCCCAAGUAGAGAACAAGAAGUCACUCGCGUUCCUUUCAUAGCAUUGAAGUGGCGCAGCCGGUGGAUGCCACGCCUCCAGCGGAGCGAAGUUUUGCUGCUGGAAACGUCUUGCAGCUGUCGGUGAAAACGGCGGACGCAGUCGCAAAAAUCCGCCGCAACUGCGAAGGCAUGGUGCCAGCCUCCAAAUUUACCCACUUCCUCGGGCGCAAACGCUACAAGCGGCUGCUAUACGAGCUCGCCCUCGACUCCAAAAUUGCAGGUAUUUCAGCCUUUCUGCUCGGGGCUGAAUGUGCUCGGACUCGUGUAAAAAUUUUUAUGUGGUCACAGGCUCGCAGCUGGUGAUCUUCACCUGCAAUAUUUCUUCUUCAUGUUGCUGGCCGUAUAGGAAUAUUGAUAAGGCGCGUGUAUUAUUCUGAUGAUGUUGUCAUUGUCCCGUGUUUAUGACACGCACCCUCACAAGAACUUUCGCUUUCUUAUUCUUUCAUCUUGUUGCUAUCUUCAUCUCAUACUCAUACAACAAACUCUGCAGGGGAUGACGGUGCGAAGGUGGCAGCGCACGACGAAUUAUUUGAGGAGCUGCAGUGCUGCAAAGUCGGGUACGACGAAAGCAAGAAUCUAGUUUUGGUGGAGGCGUUUGCAGGGCCUAAAUUCGAAAAGCUGGUUCGGGAGAAACGCGCGGAGGUGACCCUCGUGAAACCCGUCCCAGGAACGAAACCGCCCCGGUAGGCACAGCAAACUCAAACGUGUCUGGGUCUUCACUAAAAAAACAAAUAUCCUGUGCAUAUUUUGUGAAAUGCAAUCCCGGGCUGGAGCGCGCAAUCAGAACUACAACGAUUGGAAUGAUCACCAAAGUCUGGCAUGCGCGAGCGCCAACCGCUGCCCACUUGCUUCUUACCACGAAACAAGAAGGAGCCCGCUCAUUACAUGGGCGAGGCAUGUCAGUCAUUGUCAUACGUCAAUUAUACUAUCGCUAUCAAGACGCUUGCUCCAAGACCUGCAGUGCGUUCCCGCGAACUCCGCGCGCCCUGGCCAACUAGUACGUAACUGGCCAGGCCGCGUGGUGCAAAGGGGACGAGCUGCAUCAUGAAAAAAUUUUCUCAAAGACUCAUCAGGAUCAGACACACUGACACUGAUGAAAGAAUUAUUCUAGUUACAGACUCAGACAAAUUUCCAAGCUUGAUACCCGUUCAGUAACUACAAUGGACCAGAGUCGAGGGUAUUUCGUGUUCAUCCUCUUCUUCCUCGCGGUCACGUUCGCAGCUGUUUCCGGACUGCAUCCCAGCCUGAAGCGGUUCAACCACAUUCACACCUAUUUUUCGAUCAUUGCCAUGAUCGUCGUCUUUACGCACAUUCUGACGUGGAAAAAUGCGGUGGCUACGAUGAGCAGUUCGGUGCUGUUUACCUUCGCUUUCGCCGAUGCAACCGCGGUAUGCAUCGCAGAUGUUGAUAUCGAUCUGGAUGUGGAUCUGGAGAUGAAGAGCAAGAAAUUCAUAUAUCAGUCGAUUCUUCUGCAGCAUUGUAUGUUGUCCCUGAAAAUUUUACUUAUUUGCAUGUUGACAAAUUAAGUCCGAGUUUGCUUGGGGCGCAGCCACUGCGCUGUAGUGCAGGAGCCUGACAUGUUGAAAGAAUAUUAUUAUCAUGCAGCUCCGGUGCUGCACUAGCACUUCACAAGAGCGUCAGUGUCUGAAUCCAUCGUCUACAUUGCAGCGUUACAAGUUUCCAGAGCCAGGCAUUUUCAUUUUGCAGUGUAUACGCAGAGGCGUUGGAGAAGUCCGGGGCCGUACGGCUGAUCGUAUCAGAGUGCACAACUCCCCCUCGCCCUCAGUCGUAGCUUGGCAUGAGCAACAACACAAACUACUGCAGAUGCAGAGCUGUAGCUUCAAUCUGCAUCACAAACACAAAUUCAUGCAUCAAAUCUACUGCUGCUGAGGCUUUCGCGUCCGCGAUGUGUCAUGCAAACAGAGCAAGAGGGGGAGGGGCCAACAACUGCGAACUGGUCGUCAUGGAUCGCGUUUGCGAUUGCUGGGUGCUUCGCAUGACAAAUGAGGGGCACGUUGAGGGGGAUUUGUAGAUUCUCAUAGAUCUCGACUGCAAUCCAGAGUAUUCUACAGAAAAGCGCUCCUAGCAGAGACAAGCUUGGAAUGAGUAGAGGGUGUCUUCGUAUCUUUGCAAAGCCUUUGCAAUUGCUGCUCGGAAGUAGCAGUUUUUACAUUUGCCACAGUUCUUUCGGCUAUUUUUAUCAGCAGGAGCUGGAAAGCAAUUUUUUAUACAACAUUUCGGUGCCUGACGAGGCUUGUCACGAGCCGAGAGACUGUCGGCAAGGCCACCGUCGUUCUCGUUGUGGCCUUGCCGAAGAAUCAAACACAACAUCGUCCUUCUGUUCCUCGCAGCCGGGCGCUUUUUCGUACGAUACAGAACGUCGGUACCUCCGGUCAGCCCGCUGCACCCCUGGAGGGCGCUGGUGCAGCGUCGCCCGUUGGCGUUGAAGGCUCCAAAGUCAUUCUGGUCAUGACUUAUCGUGAAAAAAUAUCCCCCGUCCCCAUACCAAACAGGGAUACUUCUGAAAAUUUGCGAUGCUGAUUUGUGGCCGUAAAUCGUCUCUGUAUUGCAAGAAGGCCAAGCCAGAGACUCCGCCGCAUUAUGCAGGCAGUUUUUGAUGCUAUGCAUGGGGCCUACAGAGUACACAUCUGCCACGCUACGCGCCUACGUCAGAACUCUCCUAAUUAGGCGCAGCAUGGGCCUGCAGUCUCUUACCGCAAGACAGACCUGAUUUGUGUACCCAAAUCCAGCAUCAGAGCCUUCCUUUUGAUAUGGGGAGGGGGGAUCUUUCCUUGUGAUAUGAUUCUUCUCUUCGUCGCCCUGUCCAUCAUCACGCAGUUUAUCAACAACAACACCACGGCGCAGUUGUUUCAGGCGGCUACAUUUCAAGUCGCGCUGGUAAGAAUAUUAAACACCACAUGAUGAACAUAUGUUCGUAUAAUACCUAUACCGUUUAUUUCAGCCUAAUUACUCCUUUCGAAAGCAUUUUUGGUUUGGGUUUGCCAUAUAGAACUACUUUAUGUAAAUGGCCUGGGUGCAGCUUUUAAUGAACCAUCCAGGCCGCGGCGCACUUACCAGAAUUGAAGUGCACGGGCACACGGCAGUGGUCAUCUUCUUCUUGCCUAAGUGACUUUUACAUGAUCUUCUGGAUUCAUUAGGUUUUCUAUAUUAUUCAUCCUGCUCCUGAACCAGGGUACUAUCUGUAUCGCCAGUACGACGAACGAGUCUGAAGAUUUUGCGCGGCUGUCCAUACUCAAACGAAAUAACACGAACUUACAACAGUCACUGGGGAUCCCGCCUAAACCUAUGCUGGCAUUGGUCGUUUUCGGCGCGAGUGCGUGUUUUUGCACGCCAUUCGGGACAAGCUGCAACAUGUAUGUCCAGGUUCCGGGGGGGUACGCUUUCGGCGACUACGUCAAGAACGGCUGGAUGCUCCAGAUUUCCUCGCUACUGGCUUCGGUUGGGUGUUGCUAUGUGUGGGUAGAUAUCCACUUCUCAAAUUGUCCACGUUAGAGGCAGAGCAAAAAGCAUAUAUAUAAAGCAGCUGCGUGAUUUGUAUAUUUGUACGCGCCAGUUUUGAACAGUGACCUUGCAGUCCGUGGUUCCUAGGGUGCUUGCGAGACGGAUGGCAAACCAGGGUCAUCAGAGCAAAAACUUCGAAUUCUAUAGGCACCUGGUGCGGCGGAUAAUGAAAUAUGUUUGUAGUAGCACGACAUCAUCAUCUCAAAGCACCUUCUUGCAUCGCCUGCGUCGAGCCCAAUCCUGCGUGUGAAGCUUUCUUAGACCAAUCGGGGGGGUCUGGUGGACAAAGAAAGCACUUUAAUUAUUGGGAACUCUAGUAGAUAUGACUCCCUAUGGUGUGCUUCUAAAAGUGGUUUCGCAUCCACUCAUUUUUGCAUGCUCACCUCUGGCAUGGACAAACUUGCGAAGGAUAAGAGAGUUGCUACAACAGCCAGAGGUGUAAAUGAAACACUCGGGAUCUUCCACACGGGGAAAAAUGGUAACUCUUUUCUCGUUGGAAAGUUGUAGGGGGCUUUUUGCGGCAAUGGUUUCGUCCUAUUAUUUGAAUUUCGACAUAUUACUGGUACUGCAAGGGAAUACAGUCUAGUAAAAAGAAAAAUAUGAAGCUGAUUCAUUGCGUGUCUGCAUCGUAGGAAAUGAAUGUGGCGCGCUUUACUUGUUGUGGUUGUUGGUUAAAGGAAGACUUAAUCACAUCUGAGAAACUCCUCACCAACAGCAAUAGAAUCGCGCCGAUGCCUGUUGAAUGACAUGCAAAAAUGUCUCCAGUGAUAUAAUCUUUUACGUUUCUCCGUAGAUCUAGAUGGCAUGUGGUUCUACCUUGGCCCAAUUUAUUUUGAUCGAUCUGUAUAUUUUUUUGGACUACAAACGUAUGGAGCCUUUGCCUUGGGCGAAGUACGACAAACCAGAUAAAGGUUUGGAAUACUGAAAUAACCAACAAGGUGCAGGGAAGGGAAAGCGGUAAAAAUCCUAUUUAUAUCUCCGAGUACUCAUGUUUUCUCUGCGUUAGAUGAUCACAAGGAAAUAAGUACUUAGCUGUAGUAGAGAAACUCAGUAUCAGCAGGCUCCUCGAUAUUAGUUGCACUCCUCCGGUAGUAACCGAUACCGAAGUCGAUGCGAUUAUUAUCGUAAUACUGCAGAGAAGAUUCACUUCUGCGCAAGCGCUUUGCCCUCCAUGGAUGGUGAUCGUCCUAAGUACUUUGUAGUUGCGACUAGCUCUGAACUUCUUGCCGUUGCCCCCGGGCUUCUUGUAUUUAUUUUGGUUGCAGAAAAAAAAUGCUAUAGCUAUGAGAAAGAGAAGAGGACACCGCUGGCGUGCGCGUGCGCGUGCCACUCACUACUUUUAUAUGAACGGCUCGAAGCCGCUUCGUUUUCGUAAGUACUUCAUCCUCCUCCUUUUUGUAAAUAUAUAUACGUGAUCUAUGUAUUUGAUUUAUUUCUUUUUUAUAGUGGGUAUACAAAAAAGUAAAAGAGAUCUGAGAUGAGACAACUCAUUUCGGCUAGAGAAUAUAGCAAAAAAAUAUGUCGAACGUUGACAACGAAUGUAAUGGUUGUGCCGCGCGGCCCAAGUUGUUAUUUUCGAAUCUUCCUCUGCCUCAUCUUAGACGGUUGAGUAGCAAGAGUAAUGAAUAGAUAUUCAGUGCUCGUUUGACACUGACAGACGAGUUUUCGUUUUGAAGAUUGAUUGGGCUUAUAAAGCAGAACGAUCGCCAAGUAUUUAGGCAGUUUGUUCCGACAUCCCGCGAUCCCAGAAGUCCAUUCCUGGACGAAAAUGUGGAGAGAUUGCAUCCGCUUGGCAUUUUCUGAAAGUGAGUCGCUCGUGGAACGUCGCACUUCCGCUUCGCUUUUUUUUAUUUUAGGUUGCCCCCUAUUUCUCUCUUCAGUUUCGCGAAGAGUUGACG